CGGCUCUUGGCAGAAGGUAACGAACCAAGACCGUCAGCAGGUGCAUACGAGAUGCGGCGCCGGAGCGAAAAGACGAAAGGGGAGGUUGCCCUUCACUCCUGAGCUGUGCGCGGCGAGGAGAGAACGGUGGGCGGGGAAUGCGGUGAGUCUCGCUGAUGUGUCGCCCCCGAUGAUGUUCCAGCGGUUAUAACGCGGGACGUCGUCAGGCCGGCCCGCGGCCGCACCGCGGUUCACUAGCCGCGAGGCGCGUCCUUGGCGCUGGUUGCUGUCUGGAAAGCGGGGAGCCGAGUUCGGGCAUCCAUCACACAAUACCGUACCGGCGGGGCAGAGCGUGAAGCGCCCACGUGCCAUCAUCAUCAUGGCAAUGGCAGCUGGGGCAGUCUGUGGCGGCUUGAUGAUCUCCGCGGGCAAUGGCGCCAGCGGCGCCUUGCAGCUGACUGCCAAUGCCAUGCCUCGAGAAUGCGUAUCUUCAUCCAGCGCUGCAUUUGACAUGGCGGCUGCGAUGACGCUGGGUGGUGGGCCAGCACGCUUCCUUACUCCAUGCGGCCGAAGGCCGAGGACCAAGCUGCCGGCCUCCUCCUCCACAUGGGACACGGCCAUGGCGAUGGCGAUGGCAGAUAGUGGACACAUGGCAGGCUCCAGUACUACUGCAUUCCUUGCUCUUGCUUUCUCCAGCAACAACACAUCCCCAUCGACCUUAGCAUCAUCGUCGUUCUCAUCUUCUUCUCUGUGGGAGGUGGCGGAGGGAGGAGUAUUCGGUAUUACCCCGGGAGCGUCGGCAUGUGCCAGCCGUAUACCGUGCCAGAGGGGGAGCAGGAGACGAUGCCAAUCGUCAUCAACCUUCGUUACAGACCAGGUGGCGUCAGGGGGGGAUGAUGGGGGGUCGGUUAGCGGAGGGGAUGGCUCGCGGGGAAAUGGCGGGGGCGGAGGCGGAGAUGGUCAGAAUGAAGGAGGAGCUGGAGAAGGGGAGGGAGGCGGCACGGGGAAGUCAGAGGCGAUUGCGAUAAUGGCAGCGGUCGGUCGGACUCUCGACAGUCUCCCCGCCGACUUGGCAAAGGCUGUCGCCGAAGGGCGCAUUCCGGCCUCGAUUGUGUCGAAGUUCCUAGAGCUGGAGAAGUCGCCGUUCAUGAGAUGGUUGAUGCAGUUUGGGGGAUUCAGGGAGCGCCUGCUUGCUGAUGAUCUCUUCGUUAGCAAAGUUCUGUUCGAGUGCGGCAUCGGCGUCUGCACUAAGACUGCCGCUGAGUACGAGCGAAGGCGCGACCGCUUCAUGAAGGAGCUUGAUUUUGUGUUUGCCGAUGUUAUCAUGGCUAUCAUUGCGGACUUUAUGCUUGUGUGGCUUCCAGCGCCCACUGUUGCAAUAAGGGCACCAAUUGCAAAAGGUGCCAAUUCGUUCGCCAAGUUUUUCUACAACUGCCCAGACAAUGCCUUCCAGGUUGCACUCAAUGGUACUACGUACACACUGUUGCAGCGGUGCGGUGCUAUUGUGAGAAACGGUGCAAAACUGUUUGCUGUUGGAACAGGUGCCUCACUGGUGGGCACGGCAGCGACAAAUGGCUUGAUAGCGGUGAGGCGCAUACUGGAUCCUAGCUCUGCUGCUUCAGGCGAGGAUGCCGAGGAUGUGCCCAUUUUGGAGACAAGUGUGGCAUACGGUGCCUACAUGGCUGUUUCGUCGAACUUGAGAUAUCAAGUGCUGGCGGGAGUUGUUGAGCAGCGGAUCCUUGAACCAUUGCUUCAUCAACAGAAGCUUGCAUUGAGCUUAUCGAGCUUCGCUGUCAGAACAGCCAAUACAUUCCUUGGCUCCCUUCUGUGGGUGGAUUAUGCGAUCUGGGUCGGAGUCCAGAAAGUGCGGGAAUGAUGAGUUGCACAUGAACAUGGACACUUUUGAAAUGGCGGCGAUCGGUUGCUUGACGAGGAAUGUUUGCAAGCAACCAAUCUAAAGGGAAGCAUCGAAAUAUAUGGGAUUUACGUGUGGGUCUAAGUUUUGUGGGAGGAUGUUCCUCCUCCCAAAGGCAUGGGACUCAAUGCUCAGCUUGUUACCAGCAGGGUCAGGAGUCGUUUUUUGGUCGGGAAAGAGGCACCUCACCUGCGGGAGGAGCUUCAGGGGUCGAAGAUGUGGUACCCUGUCCCAGCGGUCAGUCUAUGGUCAGAUGCGGGAGGGAAGCUGCUAUCCGUACAGCGCACAGGGCAUAACCUAAUGAGAGUUGGUGCUGGAGAUCUGGAAAUUGAGUGGCCGGCGACAGACAGGGUUCGAUUGACUGGCUUGUAUUGCGCAAGCCUGCCUGCUGCAGUAGCAGUGGCAGCGGCAGCGGCAGCAGCAGCAGGGAGCGCGACAGCGGCCGUGGCACUGGCGGCAAUAGCGGCAAACAUAAGCCCAUGCUGGGUUUGGUUGCAAGAAUUGAAGUCCAUGUGCUUGCUUUGUUCUCAACUAUAGGAGGAUGAUGCAUAAACCAGGGAUCGCAUGCCUAACCUGUGGAAGGAUGGAGUUUGCCAGAAAGUGAUGGUUCUCCCACUCAGUCUUCUCUCCAGAUUUGAGGCGGACACUAUUUAUUCUGACUCGGCCUCACUCAGGCUGACUGAGAAAAAGCCCUAGCGUCGGCAUUCUGCUGACGGGGACGGUGGGAUUUUGAGACGUUAGGUUGUGUUCCCGUUUCAAAGAACCAUUUCCUUUUGCGGCUUAAUGACAAAAAGGACAUUGCUUUUUGUCAUUGUCAAGGUGUUAUUUUAGGAAUGCUUUUUUCAGCCUGUGAAAUGGUGGAGCUAUCAGGGGAAUUUCGUUCUACUGAGCAUGUGCUGCUUAGUUGUACUGUGGCAGGCCGCAGGAGUGAAUACUGAAGUUCGUUUCAAAUUAAAUUGCUUUUUUCAGCCUGCUUUUCGGGGGGGGGGGGAGUGAAUAUUUUUUAAUUCAAUAAUAAUAGUGUAUUGGUACUCAAGUGUAGACCCUGGGGCUGGGCGCGCAACCGGGCGGCCCUAGUCGGUCCCCCCGGGUCAUGCAAAAUGGGUGACAGGGUACCGAGUGGUGGUUUCCCGGCCAUUUUGCGCUGCAGGGGAUUCUCAACAUGCACUGCGGGUCUACCCCCCCGCCCGCGCCCGUCUAGUGGCUAGGGCGGCGGGCGCUCGGGGCUUCUUCUCUCGCUUUCUUCUCUGAACUCAUGCUGUCCGGGGAUAAGUAACCGGACUGACGCCCCCCCAGAAUAUAUGGGGCAUGUGUUUCUGUUUAAAAAAAAACAAAAAAACAAUGUGUCG